CUCGUCGCUGUCAAGACUUUUAUUUAAUUCUGUUUCAAUUAUGAAGCACCUUCAAUGAUUUUGAGUGGGCUUAUUGUGUGGAAGUGAUCGUGCGGUGGCGCGGCGCGGGGCCGGCGAUCCGGUUGUGUCAGCGCCAUGUUCAGCGGAACGGUGCGCGUCAAGGUGUGUGAGGCCACGGGCCUCAGGCCGACUGACUUUCAGAAACGGCACAACAUGACCUUCGGGAAACCAGACGACCAGCCGAUAGACCCGUACGUGUCGAUCGACGCGGACGAGCACCACCUGGACCGCUCCACCACCAAGCCCAAGACCUUCGACCCCGUGUGGAACGAGACCUUCAUCCACGAAGUGCAGAACGUCGCCAGCUUGGGGAUCACUGUAUUUCACGAUGCCGCCAUACCUCCGGACGAUUUUGUAGCAAACUGCACAAUUCCCUUCGAAGAUUUAACUCACCGUGAUAAAGACGCCACAGACUUUUGGGUGGAUCUAGAACCUCAAGGAAAACUGCAUCUGAAAAUAGAUCUGAAAUGGAAUUCUCAAGGAUGUGCGAUGGCAGCAAAGACCAAAGCAAAAUCCUCCUAUUUCGCGGGCAAGAGCUCAGGCGGCGGCGGCGAGGCGGCGCGGGCGCCGGCGGGCGCGGGGGCGCGCGGCCGCGAGUUCAAGGAGGGCGCCGGCUUCGCGCGCCGCCGCGGGGCCAUGCGCCGCCGCGUGCACCAGGUCAACGGACACAAGUUCAUGGCCACCUUCCUGCGCCAGCCCACCUUCUGCUCCCACUGCCGCGAGUUCAUCUGGGGUCUCGGAAAACAAGGAUAUCAAUGCCAAGUGUGCACCUGCGUGGUCCACAAGCGCUGCCACUCGUCCGUCGUCACCAAGUGUCCCGGCAUGAAGGAAGAGCAACACAGCGCCGUGGGCGUGUCGGGCGGGCAGCGGUUCAGCGUCAACGUGCCGCACCGCUUCGUGGUGCACUCCUACAAGCGGUUCACGUUCUGCGACCACUGCGGCUCGCUGCUCUACGGCCUCAUCAAGCAGGGGCUGCAGUGCGAAGUGUGCUCGAUGAACGUGCACAAACGCUGCCAAAAGAACGUGGCCAACAACUGCGGCAUCAACACCAAGGCUAUGGCUGAAAUCCUUUCCGAGAUGGGCAUCUCCCCGGACAAGAACCCUCGUCCCCGGACCUCAAAGUACAACCCCGUGCUGCUGGAGGGCGGCGGCGACGCGGCGGCCGACGCCGACAAGGAGCCGCUCGACAAGCACGACGACAAGGUGCUGGACCUGCUCAUGUCAUCGCCGUACGACUUCGUACCGCCGUCGUACGACUUCGUACCGCCCUCGUACGACUUCGUAUCGCCGUCGUACGACGCCGUACCGUACGGCUACGGCGGGUACAUUCCGUCGGCGCCGUUCGGCGGUGGCGACCAUUGGGACGACCUGAAAGACAUAUUUACGUGCUACGAAGGUGGCGACAUGUCGGGAGCGCGCGACAAGGUGUCGCUGGAGGACUUCACGUUCAUCAAGGUGCUGGGCAAGGGCUCCUUCGGGAAGGUCAUGCUCGCUGAGAAAAAGGGCACUGACGAGGUGUACGCAGUAAAAGUGCUGAAAAAAGACGCCAUAAUCCAAGAUGAUGACGUGGAAUGUACGUUAACCGAGCGCCGCGUGCUCGCCCUCGCCGCGCGCCACCCCUUCCUCACGGCGCUGCACUGCGCCUUCCAGACGCGAGACCGGCUGUUCUUCGUCAUGGAGUACGUGGACGGCGGCGACCUCAUGUUCCAGAUACAGCGCGCGAGGAAGUUCGACGAGCCUCGAGCAAGGUUCUACGCAGCCGAAGUGACCCUGGCCCUGCAGUUCCUGCACGCCCACGGCGUCAUCUACCGCGACCUGAAGCUGGACAACAUCCUCCUGGACGCCGACGGCCACUGCAAGCUCGCCGACUUCGGCAUGUGCAAGGAGGGCAUACUGGAUGGAGCGACUACCACUACCUUUUGCGGCACUCCAGACUACAUAGCCCCCGAGAUCCUGCAAGAGCUGGAAUACGGCCCGUCGGUGGACUGGUGGGCGCUGGGCGUGCUGCUGUACGAGAUGCUGGCCGGCCAGCCGCCCUUCGAGGCCGACAACGAGGACGACCUCUUCGAGUCCAUCCUGCACGACGACGUGCUGUACCCCGUCUGGCUGUCCAAGGACGCCGUGUCCAUCCUCAAGGGCUUCAUGACGAAGAACCCGGCGCGGCGGCUCGGUGUAGCGGGCGGCGUGGGCGGGAUCCGCGCGCACGCCUUCUUCAAGGACAUGGACUGGGACGCGCUGCAGCAGCGCCGGCUGCGCCCGCCCUUCCGCCCCAAGAAGAGCAAGCGCGAGGCGGUGAACUUCGACGCGGAGUUCACGAAGGAGGAGCCCGUGCUCACGCCCGUGCCGCCCGACGUCGUGCGCACCAUCAACCAGGAGGAGUUCCGCGGCUUCUCGUUCGUGAACUCGGACUUCACGCCGACGCCGACGCCGGCGCCCGCGCUCGCGGCCGCGCCCGCCAACUGACUGCCUGGCCGGGGCGGCCUGUAGGCCCCCGCCCGCCAACUGACUGCCUAGCCGAGAGGGCGGCGGCGGCGCGGGCGGCCCGUAGGCCCCGCGCCCGCACUGUUCUCACAUUGAAUGACCCUUAUCUUUAU